AUGGCGCCUCCCGACCCCUCCGGCCAUGCGGGGCCGCUGCCCUCCGCGCAGAUCACCUCGCUGGACGCGUCCGUCGGCGCGCCCCUGGGAACGCCCCUGGGAACGCCCCUCAGCUCGCACCACGCCCCGCUGUCCUGGGGCUACCCCGCCUGGAACACCCCGGUGUCGGCCAUGUCCGGAGGCAUGUCCGCCGCCCCCGGGCCCCGCGUCAGCGUCAAGAGGGCCCUCAGCGAGAGCGAGGACUGCGACGACGCCUUCUCCGAGGACUCGGCGUCCAAAGAUUGUUCCGGCGACGGCGACGAGGCCGACAGCUGCCAGCUGCUGUCGCGCAAGAAGCGCAGGGGCGUCAUCGAGAAGCGGCGCAGGGACCGCAUCAACACGUCGCUCACGGAGCUGCGGCGCCUCGUGCCCUCCGCCUUCGAGAAGCAGGGCUCCGCCAAGCUGGAGAAGGCCGAGAUCCUGCAGAUGACCGUGGACCACCUCAAGAUGCUGCACGCCAAAGGCAUGGACGCCCUGGCGUACGACCCGCAGCGCUUCGCCAUGGACUACCACAGCAUCGGGUUCCGAGAGUGCGCGGCCGAGGUGGCGCGGUACCUCGUCACGGUGGAGGGGCUGGACAUCCAGGACCCGCUGCGGCUGCGCCUCAUGUCGCACCUGCAGUGCUUCGCGGCGCAGCGCGAGCUGGCCUCCAAGCAGGCCGCGUCGGCGACGUGCACGCCGUCGCACAACGGCACGCACUCGUUCCCCACGCCGCCCAGCUCCGGCCACGGCAGCGGCCACCACCUGGACAACUCGCCCACCAACUCGACCUCCACGACGUCGUCCACGCACCACCACUACGAGCAGACGCCCACCUCGUGCGAGCAGACGCCCACGUCGACCACCACGCGGCUCACGUCGUCCCCGCUGACGCCGCUGUCCGCGUCCGGGUACAGCUCGCCCGGCCACCCGCACCCCUACUACCACAGCGCGGUGCCCAGCCAGUACCCCUACCACCAGAACGCCUUCAACCACGCGGCCGCCGGCGCCAAGCCGUACCGGCCCUGGGGCGCGGAGGUGGCCUACUAGUCCUGGAGUGGCACGAGUGGCACCCAGACCUUCCCCCUGCUGACUGUGAUAGUUUGAACCCAGCCCCGCGCACACGCGACACGGCACUGCAAAAGUGCGUUUUAUUAUUUAUUAUUUAUUUAUUCCCUUUCGCUCUAGUCCUUGGUUCGCGUCGCUGCUGCCGCGUGUGCGCUGGGUUGCGCCCCCUCCCCCAACACGCUCUUGCACAAGGAGCGCUUCAGUCGGGCCAUGAAUGAUGUGCGUGUGGUUGUGAUUCAAAAGUGUAAAUAUCGUGACUCAUCGAGAUAAUUUGACGAUUUUGUUUUGUUUGAUUCUCUUCCUGCAACGGUCGGCGGAGAGGCGUCCCCGCCUUUAGUCAUUCCUUCUUAUUUUUGUUUCUUUAUUAUUUCGCAGUACAAAUUAUUUUUAUUGUUUCGCCUUUUUGUUUCUAUUCACCCAAUCAGUUGUACUGUAUAAAGAUUCUUUUUACCAAGGUUUGUUACUUUUAUUUCAAUUGAGAAAUUGUGUAAUAUGAUGAAUAGCAAUUAUCGUUGUUGAGGCUUUAAUUUAUAGACAUUGUAAAUAACUUUUAAACUCUCUUCCCUUCCAUCUCUGUCGACGAAGUGACUUUGAUUCUUCGGCCGAGGCGGAAUGCGACAUUUUUCCAUCCCGCCCGAAAGCGGCCCGUUUAUUUUCAUAUUGCGUGAUGAAUAAAACAUCAAAG